GUAUACUUUUAUUUUAUGCGUAGGUCACAAAAUUUAUUCUCAUCUGCCUGCAAUUUUUUUUUUUAUAUUUGGUAUGAUGCUUGCAGUAUACUUUUAUUUUAUGCCCUGGUUUAAUUAUCAUAGUUCUUAUUCCCGGUUAAUAUAAUUGUGGUUUAUGGAUACUCCUAAUGGCACAACAGUAAAAAAUAAAGAUUGUUUUAAAGGCUCGAUGGUGUAUCUACGGUUGCAAUUGGAAUUUAGUUUUUUUUUUUUUUCAUUAUAGCGGCCAUAUGCUCUUUAAUAGCUAAUGAAAGUUGUACCUAAAUUGAUUGUAUUGACCAAGACAUAAUCGAAGUGAAACGAACAGAUUUAAAGGAUUGAUGUAAGUAAGAACCGCCAUCGCAAUUAGCUUCAUGUAGUUUGCAACCUCAUUGAAACUUACGCGAAAGGCAACUUGAUAGAACUUUGAGCUUGCCUACCUUGGCUGAGGACCUUAUUCUCUUUUUUUUUUAAUGACCUAGCCUGACUAUGUUCUAUGAAAUGUUAUUAGCCUUUUUAAACAUGAGCAUAUCAAUUGGAUAAAUUCUAUACUGAGAGAGUUGAAUAUUGUAUUCUAGUAUUGAUGGUGACAACUUUUUUUUUUCUACUAGUAAUUUCUUACUAGCAUGGUUGUAUUGUACAAUUUGGAGUUGAAGCAUCUUGAUGUCAAGAUUGCUUUCCUGCAUGGAUAGUUAGAGGAAUAGAUUUGUAUGAUUCGGCAUAAGGGUUUGUGAUCAAAGGUAAGGGGGCCCAUGUCUGCUAGCUGAAGUAGUCAUUGCACGACCUGAACCAAUUUACUCGACAAUGAUAGAAACACUUUGAUACUUUCAUCCUUAGACAUGGGUAUGUUAGAAUUAUGAUAAUUUGCCGUAUUUUAAGAGAAUUACUAAUGGGCUCGUUCAUCUAGUUGUUGCUCUAUGCGGAUGAGAUGUUUCUUGCUGCAAAGUUUGCUGCAGAGAUCAAUAAGUUGAAGACGCAGCUUGACUCAGAAAUUUGAAAUGAAAGAUUUAGGUUCAGCAAAGAAAACUUUUUGGGUAUAGAAAUACAUCAAGAUAGAAAGCUAGUUAAACGGUGGCUAUCUCAAAAGGAAUACAUUGAGAAGGUCCUCACAAGAUUCAGGAUGGAGAAUUUAAAGCUUGUGAAUAUUACGUGCCAAAGGAUGUUGGAUGAAAAGACAGAGACUACUCCCUCAUCUUUUGAGGGAGCAAGUGCAUCUUGUGGCUCUCAUGCUAAGACCAUCUCAAAGGAGGAAGAAAAAGAAGAAUGGGAUGAUGUGAGAUGUACUGUGUGCCUAGAGCACCCUCACAAUGCUGUUCUCCUCUUAUGCUCUUCUCAUGAACGGGGUUGCCGCCCGUACAUGUGUGACACCAGCUACCGCCACUCCAACUGCCUCGAUCGCUUCCACAAAGCCUUCUCCUCAGACACCCCUUCCCCUUCCCCUUCUCCUAUAUGCUUGGAUCAACUUUUUUGCCCAUUAUGUCGAGGCCAUAUUAAGGGAUGGGGCGUGGUGGAGAAGGCUCGCUCGUGCUUGGAUGCCAAGUUAAGGGGUUGUGCAAACGAGUCUUGUGGGUUUAGAGGAAGCUAUGAAGAUUUGAGGGUUCACGCACGUGCAGUGCAUCCUUUGGUUCGACCCUCAGAGGUGGACCCAGAGCGCGAGCGCAUUUGGAGGAGUUUGGAGCAUCAUCACAAUCUCAACGAUGUGCUGAGCACAAUCAUGCCCGGGGCAACGAUGCUUGGUGAUUAUGUUAUUGAAGGGGGUGCAGAGAGCGAGGAAGAUUUAAUGGAUUUUCCUGGUGAUGAAGGCAAUGGGUGGAAUGUUUUUGUUGUGUUUCAGGUCUUUAGUCCAGUGUCAGGGACGACUGUGUCAAGAGCGACAAGGAGGAGGCCAAGACGGAUUGUUUGGGUUCGAGGAGAUGAUGAAGAUGAAGAGUCUGCCCCUCAAAGGCGGCGUGUGAAUGGCGAACAGGAUGAGCAGCCCUGAGUGGGUGUCAAACAUCUUAAGGCGUGCUAUUUUGUGCCGGAUGGGGGAUGUAUGUGAGAGAAUCUGCUGGAAGGGAGAGGGAGGCAGAGAGGGAGAAGACCUCUCUGCAGAAUUGAUACCUCAUCUAGGUGAAAUGGAGUAGAAGCUGGUGGUGGAAGCACAUCUAACAUAGCAGAUUGGUACUUACCUGACGAGUUUAGUCGUUAAGCGUAACGAGUCUAAAGGUUCAAUUCUCAAACCUCACCUCCUCAAUAAAUAAGGGGGAAUGAAAACUUGGACCAAUAGAACCAGAAUUACCCACCAGCCAGAAACUUCCUUUUCAUAAGCAUUAUCGUGAGAGAAGUACGCUAUUCUCAAAAGCUAAGGGGAGCAGUCGUCCACUGGGAAGGUUCGUUCUUUUGAGUCUUUUCUUGUUUUUUGGGGGCAGGGGCGAAGAAGAAAGGCGGAUUUGUACAUCAAUUCCAAUGGUAAAUUUUGUGCGCUAAGUUAUGUGAUUUUAACAAUUGC